CAGCUGCAGCCUAGGUCAAAAGGGCCAUCUACUCUGGGUGGCGGGGCCAGGAGCUCUCCUCCCCCCAGCAGGCCUCAGAGGCUGGAGAUGGUGAAAUCUCACCGGCGAGGCUGCAGUGGGCUCAACAGGGACCUGCGAUAAGAUACUCAGUGGUUAGGGAAGCUGCUUUGAGGUUGGGAGGCUGGGAGCCCACAGGAAGUGACUCGGUGCAGAGCUGAUGUGUCUUUGCCUCGGCACCGAUCCUGGGUGGGGAGCUGCAGGCUGGGGAGGCUGGGGGCAUGUCCAUGAAGUGCGGGGAGCCUGGGCUGGAGGGACCUCAGGGCCAGUCCCCAGAGCUGGGCUCAGGUCAGUGUCCCUCUCCGACCACUCUCGCCCCCUGGAGCCUGUCCCGCUGGAGAGCUUACCUGGCUGCCGCGGUGCUCUGCUACAUCAACCUCCUGAACUACAUGAACUGGUUCAUCAUCGCAGGAGUGCUGCUGGACGUACAGAAGUUUUUCCGGAUCAGUGACAGCAAUGCUGGUUUGCUUCAGACGGUCUUCAUCAGCUGCCUGCUGCUGUCUGCACCCGUGUUUGGCUACCUGGGCGACCGGCACAGCCGCAAGGCCACGCUGAGCUUCGGUAUUCUGCUCUGGUCAGGAGCAGGCCUCUCCAGUUCCUUCAUCUCCCCCCGGUACUCCUGGCUCUUCUUCCUGUCCCGGGGAUUGGUGGGCACCGGCACGGCCAGCUACUCCACCAUUGCGCCCACCGUCCUGGGUGACCUCUUCGUGAGGGACCAGCGGACCCGAGUGCUGGCCAUCUUCUACAUCUUUAUUCCUGUUGGAAGUGGUCUGGGUUAUGUGCUGGGGUCGGCUGUGACGGAGCUGACCGGGAACUGGCGUUGGGCCCUCCGAGUCAUGCCUUGCCUGGAAGCUGUGGCCUUGAUCCUGCUUAUCCUGCUGGUUCCAGACCCACCCCGGGGAGCUGCUGAGAAGCAGGGGGUAGUGGCCGUGGGGGGCCCAAAGAGCACCUGGUAUGAAGACGUCAGAUACCUGGGGAGAAACUGGAGUUUUGUGUGGUCGACCCUUGGAGUGACAGCCAUGGCCUUUGUGACUGGAGCCCUGGGCUUCUGGGCCCCCAAGUUUCUGUUCGAGGCCCGUGUGGUGCACGGGCUGCAGUUUCCCUGCUUUCGGGAGCCGUGCAACAGCCAGGACAGCCUGAUUUUUGGGGCACUGACUGUUGUGACUGGCAUUAUUGGGGUCAUCCUGGGAGCAGAGGCUUCAAGGAGAUACAAGAAAGUCAACCCGAGGGCUGAGCCCCUCAUCUGUGCCUCCAGCUUGCUUGCCGCAGCCCCCUGCCUCUACCUGGCUCUCGUCCUGGCCCCGACCACCCUCCUGGCCUCUUAUGUGUUCCUGGCCCUUGGGGAGCUGCUUCUAUCCUGCAACUGGGCAGUGGUCGCUGACAUCCUGCUGUCUGUGGUGGUGCCCAGGUGCCGGGGGACAGCAGAGGCGCUUCAGAUCACAGUGGGCCACAUCCUGGGAGAUGCCGGCAGCCCCUACCUCACUGGACUUAUUUCCAGCGCCCUGCGGGCCGGGCGCCCCGAUUCCUACCUGCAACGCUUCCUCAGCCUCCAGCAGAGCUUCCUGUGCUGUGCCUUCGUCAUCACCCUGGGUGGCGGCUGCUUCCUGCUGACUGCGCUGUACCUGGAGAGAGACCAGGCCCGGGCCCAGCAGCCUGGCCCAGGGACCCCGGACAAUAAGGACAUGGAUGGCAAGGCCGCGGAGAGCCAACGCCUACUUCCUGGCACGAGUGCCUCCACAAAGGACCACUGAGGCCCCUGCCCUGCAGUGAGGAGGCCCCACCCACCUGGCCUGGAUCCCUCCGGGUGGCCUCCACUGCCUCAGUGCCUCUGCCCACCUUUGGCUGUGGUUCUGGGACUCUGGCCGAGCUGCACCUGCCACUUCUUUGCUCCCGGCUAGAUAGCUGGCAGCGCCUGCGGCUGGGCUGGGAAUUGAGCUGUCACCACCCUCCGUGGGAGGCCCAAGCCUGUGCCUACACCCAGCACGAGGCCGCUCCAGCCUGGGGUCCUCAGCCUGGCUGCCUGUGGGCCCCGAUUAAAGUAUGGCCAAUACAAAGCCCAUGGAUAUAGGCCUGUAGACAGUCCUGUUAUUUAUAGCCUCAAGGUGCCUCUGCUGGGAUUGGAAGCAAGAGAGGCGGAGGUGGGCAGUCUGGGCCAAGGAUGCAGGGCUGCUGCUCUGGAAACCAAGGGGGCUCCUCAGCGUGAGUGUCUAGGUGUCCUCACCCUGGACCGCCUGCUCUGACCCAGCUUCCCCACUCUGAGGGGUCAGGAGGGCACAGGACACCGCUCUGUGUGAGUUCACCCUCUGAGCAAAAGAUGGGGCUGAAUCAGCAGUCUUGAGGGUGGGUUUCUCCUCCGGCUGGUGUGGGGGUGUGGCUGCAAGAUGUAGGGAACCGCUCUGAGAAGUGCCCAAGCCUGCACAGACCCCGCUGCCCCAGAGCCACACCAAGGGACUCGCAUGG